GAACCAUGUCUCUCCCGUCUGACCCUGCCACCUGGUCGCGCGACCACUUUGUCAUCUCCACCGACAGAUCCCUCCUGUCCCUCGACGCCAUCAACAACGCGUUCGCCCAAGACUUCUGCUACUGGUCACAGCCCUUCCCCAAGGACAUCCUGCAGAAGAUCAUCGAUCGCUCGUUCUGCUUUGGCCUCUACGACACAUCUCUCCCGCACCACAAACAGAUCGGGUUCGCCCGACUCAUCACCGACGACGUCACCUUCGCCUACCUGACGGACCUCUACGUCCUCCCCGACUACCAGGGUCGCGGACUCGGCGGCUGGCUGAUCGACGCGAUCGACGAACUGCUAUGUCCGCUGCCGCAUCUGCGUUGGACCAUGCUACGGACCGCGUCAUCGAAGAGUAAAGUGUCCUACCAGAAGAAGAUGGACAUGCACGUCCUCGCCCCGGACCCUUCCGGCGCUGGACCGGUCGUCAUGGGACGGAAGGGCAAGGGAAGCAUGGUUUGACGCGUCCUUCAUUUCUAUUAUUCUGUAUAUAUUCCCUAUCAUGUGACCCAAUACGGGACUUGUGGUCAUAGUCAUACAUUCAACGCUUCGCAAGUCA